AUGUGCGCAUUCCGAGUCGACCGUUGGCUGCUUUUACUAUUAGGCUUGUUGAUUAUCUCGACGAAUGCUUCACCCACGAUUAGCAUUGAUGGACCUAUCCGUGAUGCUCGCAACGCGAUGAAAACUAAAACUAAUAGACCUACUAGCUAUUACAAAAUAAUUCGUUCGCCUACAAAUGUGGAGUCAUCGGGAUCCGAAUUGUCAAGCGACGGGGACUUGACUAACAGUGUAAGACUUCAUGGUUCCAGCUCUUCAGGCACAAACCUGUCCAAAGGGCAACCAUCCAAGAGCUCAAACCGUUCCAAAGGCCGAUCAGCCAAGAGCUCAAACCGAUCCAAAAGUCGAUCAGCCAAGAGCUCAGAGUCAGACGGUGACCCUCCAUUGGCCGCUCCGGCCAAUUCCAACGUCAAUCCAGAAGUGAUGGUUCCCGUAUCCCCAAACUCUCCCAUUUUUUUUUUGCCGGGAACCUUUUCUAAGGAAUCUGCAAGGAUAAUGCCACCCUUGCAACUGCCACCAUCGAACUAUGGACACAUGAUGGGCCAACAACAAGCCCGGGUUAGAUCAUUGACUGCGGAAAAAUUUCAAAGCAUGAAUCUCCACGGAGCAUAUCCUGAAAUUUCAGUACUACCGGGAGGAGUAUUUCUACACGAUAACUCGAAUGGUCCGAUGAGAUUUUAUACAGGGCUCUUGAAUCAAAAGCGGAAAGGUACUGGUUACUACCAGACGAAAGCUCAGAAUCUCAAUCCAUUUGCUAAUGAAUUCAAACCAAGGUGA